UGUCAAACAAACUAGCAGAAGUUACAACGUUGUUGUAUAAAGAACAUUUAACAAAAUAACCUAACGAGGAUUAAGUUUCUCAGAUUUGCUGCAAUGUUGGCUGAUAUUUCAGUAGAUCCUCAUAAUGGAUGGGAAAGCAGACACAGUGUGCAUGGAAAGGUUCCUUGCCUUCAGCGGUCAGGACGGCCUCAGAGAAAAGCUUCCAAGCACAGCUGUUUAGGAGUGGAGACCUGGGUUGAGCUUAUCUGGGAGGACUGGGAGCCGGGAAGAGACUAUACCAAGUCACUCGUUCUUAAAAAUGUGGAUGGAAAACUACAGAAACUGAAGUUCAGAUCUCCUGCAUCCAACGUGUUUACCACACUGCUUCCUCAGACCAUCAUUUUGAGUCCUGGAACAUCUUUUUCUCUGCCAGUAACUUUCCAUCCCCAACAGAAGUGUGAUUAUGUGGACAGUAUCGAGUUUCAGUGUAAGAAUGGCACAUUCCAAGUAAAACUGAGUGCAGUUAUGCUGCAUCAUGCCCUGGAGCUUCCUGAAUCAGUGCAGCUUCCACCCUGUGCUGUCCAGCACAACACAAAGUCCAGCUUUCUCCUUCGUAAUGUAAGUAAGUUGAGGACUAGUUUCCAGUGGACAGUGGAGCCACCAUUCGAGUUCUCUCCGAUGAGUGGCAUUCUGGAGCCAGGAGAGCAGUGCAAGCUCACUGUAACCUUCAAACCUCAGGAAGCACUGGUGUACCAAACAGACGCCCUCUGCACGUACGGGGAGAAUGGAGAGAACAACUGUACUAUGCUACUUAACGGGCUGUCUAAAUAUCCUCACCUAAAGAUUAGGUCCCCUGGACAGGAGGAAGGCUGUGGACUGCUUGAAUUUGGCAGUGUGGCAUUAGGAAGCUGUUUGGAAAAACACUUUGAGAUCUACAACCCUUCUGUAGUGACGACCUUCUUCUCACUGUCUGGUGUAAAAAGACCUAAUCUUAUGAAGUGCAUGUUCCACUGUGAUGUAAAACAAGGACAGCUGACCCCGGGUUCAGUACUGAAAGUACCUGUGCGUUUCACCCCACUUACUGUGGACAGCACCAAUGUGGACUACUUUAGUCUCAGCUGGCCUGGAGGAGUCAGCAAAGAUUUGGUUAAAGUCACUGGAUCAUGUACAGGUCCAGACGUUUCUUUAAGUUCCUCUGUAGUGGAUUUCGGCUGUGUGGAAGAGGGAGCCGAGUCUACACGUACUAUUCACAUCACAAACCCCUCAAUGGUCCUGGCACACUACCAGUUUGAUAUGGACCAUGGCAACUAUAGUGUUUUCACAGUUGACCAGCCUAGUGGCUGUCUGUCAGCCAAUAGCAGUCUCACUCUCCAACUAAGGUUCCACCCGCGUCAUCCUAUAGUCUAUCACAAGAGACUGGCCUGCCUUAUACUUCACAGGGAUUCACUUUUUAUUGACUUGAUCGGUACCUGUCACUCGGAACAACUGAAGCCGGCCAUCUUACACCCCAGACAUCUGCAUGUUUAUAGACAAAACCUUCUCCGGGGUCUAACCUGCUACCCUCCUGAUAUACUCAGUAACAUGCUGGCUAACCAAAAGCUGCAAGUGGAUGAAAGUGGUGCAUUGCUACUUCAAGAGAACAGUUUAGAGGACACAAUGAUGUCCAAGCCCACGAUCUCUCUACGGAGCACGAAUGAGGAGUAUUUUUACUUAAACUCUACUGAGGAAGUUGAUACAAACCUGGAUGAGAACGAAGACCAUCACUGUUUCCCCCCACCUCACGUCACAGUCCAGCCAUGUGACUUGCUCUUUUACUCUGGGCCAGGCUCUCAAUCUGUCUCCAUCACUAACCAUACCAAGGGUAAAAUAAGCCUGCUGUGGACUCCUUCUUCUGACUCCACCUUCUCCAUCAGUCCUCUGACCUGUGAUCUAAACCCUUUAAAGUCCACCUCCUUCAGAGUGACAUACGCACCCAAACAGCACAAUGUCUUACAUGCUGCACAGCUGGAGUGUUUUGCUCUCUACAAGGUUUUGGUUCCGGAUCGUCGGACUGAGGACCAGACACUGUGCCCUCCCUGGUGCCUCACAGUCCGGGUGACUGCUCAUUCCUUCCAGCCUGGAAAUCAGCACUUUGUCCCUCAGUUCUGUCUGCAGCACCCUCAAGUAUUGUUUCCAGCAUUGAGGCAGGUGUCCUACAAGAGUAUUCUCCUGAGCAACACAGAAGACCUUCCUCUCAUUUUCAGAUGGCCUUUAGAGGAGUGUCCUGGUGUAUCUGUGCUUCCCCCUAGUGGUUUGGUACCACCUGGCAGCCACCAGAUCCUCACUGUUCGAGCUACCCCUGCUGAAGAAAACCCUGCCAGUUUACCUCUGAUUCUGCAGCUGAACGCCAGCCCCAAACACAACCAGAUGCUGGACGUGGUGAGUGUGGCGGAGAGGCCAUGCAUCGUUUUGGAGGGUGAUGGGAGCGUGUUCUUCAGGCCAACAGCAGUGGGUUCCUGCUCCAAAAGAAGAGUAAAGAUCAGAAACUUUAGCAGAAUACCAGUACAAUUCCACUGGAGGGUGUGUAGCUCGGAUCACACAGCUCUCUCUGUACAGCCAGAUUCAGGUGUACUACAUCCUAAUGCAUUUCAGGUUCAGACGUGGACCUUUACUCCAGUGGCAGAGAAGAUGUACAGCAUGAAGGCUAGUCUCAAUUAUUGGCCUGUUCAACAACCAAACUGCAAAAAAUCCAGCCUCUCAAUUAAAGUUGCCGGACUGGCUUCCAAAGGGUCCAUAGAGGCCAGUUCUUUAGUUCUAGAUCUGGGUGAGGUGUUGGCUGAAAGCUGUAAGUCGUUUGAGGUUCCUCUGCUGAACCGCGGUUCCUGUGCCGUUAGCUUUUCUCUGACAGUGCUGCAAAGCAUGUCCGUUCCAGGCGUUCCUGAGGGCUCACUCAAAGAUCCUGUUGUUCUGGAGAUGGACAGUAUGAAGGGCACCAUUCCAGCCUGCAGUAGGCUGCUGAUACAUUCCACAGUGAGACCAACACGCAGAACCCAGUACUGCUGGACCAUCUACUAUCAGAUCCUCAAUGCUACCGGCUCGGUGGUAGGGGAGCCACAGUCCCUGUGCCAGGUCCGGGCAGACGGAGUAUAUCCUACACUGAAAGUGAUAGAUGCCCGGAGCAGUGGCAGUGCAGAGGGUCUGAGUAAACUGCAUGUCUGGAAACUUUUCUCCCUCGAAUCACUCAAUACUUACCUGCACAGUGAGCCCAGUCCAACAGAGCUUACCUACAGAGUUCCCACCAGACACAGUAUACAUCGCUGUCCUCCAAUUUUCACCUCAACCAUGGUAGAUUUUAACUUCAGUGCUGCACCUCUAGGUGCAGAGCCCUCCAACUUCCUGUUAAUGUUUCAGAACACUGGAAGUAUCCCAGUAGACUGGUCAUUCCUGUUCCCGGAGGACCAGCAUAUUAAACUUGAGUACUGGGCAGAGAGUACAGAGUUUUGCCCCAACGAACUCUAUCAGAUGAAGGUGCAGGACAACAGACUGUUCUCCAUUUCUCCAUGCUCUGGUAAACUGCAGCCUGGUCAACAGAGAGUAGUACAGUUUACUUACAGACAUGACUUUGCUGGAACAUAUCGAAUUCCUGUUUUGCUGAAACUCUCACACGGCAGAGAGAUUCUGCUGAAUUUUGUGGGCGUGACUGUGGAGAGGGACAGGCGCUACCUUCACCUACUCUCUACUCGACAUAUUUUCGCUCCUGUGGCUAUUGGAGUGUUUCACCCUCCCAAACAGGUGAACGAGUUGUAUAAUGGAGGCUCCCUCCCAUUGAGGUACCAUGUAGACACAUCAGUGCUGGAGCAGUUGCAGGAGGAAAACUUUAAUCACCCCGUCUUGCAGUGCCUGAACCCUGACGGAGAAGUGCAGCCUGGCCACACCGCCACACUGGAGUGGAUCUUAUCUCCUCUGGAGGCAAAAACAUACACUGUUGAUAUUCCUAUUGAGGUGCUUGAUGGAGACAGCAUGCUGCUGACGUUUGAAGGCUGUGGCUUUGACGAGAGAGGCUCUGUACCAUUACAACUCCAUGAUGGACAACUCACUGUGCCAUGCACUCAGAAAGUGCCGGUACCCUGCCAGAUGGUGUUUCUGUCAGAAGAAAGGGUAUCUUUUGGUGAUAUUCCAGUCUGUUCCAGAGGCACUCGUAUCCUCUUUCUGACCAACGUCUCCCAUACGGACCGGGUCUUAUACUCAUGGAAAUGCAAAAAGGAAAAUGACAAGCAGGUAGUAAAGAUCUAUCCAGUGAAUGGAUCUCUAUCUGCAGGAGAGAGCGUUCUCUGCAUCCUCUCUAUCCACACCUCCAGCAGCCCCAUGUUCUACCAGCAACAUCUCAUCUGUGAAAUCACUCCAGAAGCGGCUAUAGUUCAGUAUGAGAAAGACCUGAGGCUUUGGGAGGAGGAGAGUGAGAGAGAAAAACAUCAUUUUGUCAUAACCGAGAAGGACCUGAUACAGACAAACCAGCAGAACAGACUCACUAAGGCAUGCAGAGCAACUGAAGUAAGAAUUUCUACUGAAAGCCGAAAAUACAAGACCCUGCCACCCAUCCGGAGCAAUAGCAGUGAUGCUGUGUUUAAGAAAAAUGCCCAGGAGGAGGUUGGGCGGAGAUGUCCGAAGCCUCCUUGCCCAGCCCUGCUUCACCUGGGAGUCACCGCUCGCUCGCACUCCCUGCUAGAGUACCAGACACAAUUUCCCUCUCAGUUCAACAAACAUUAUAUCUACAGGUCUGUACCAUCAACGUUUUGCCAGUACGAGUCAAAGAACAACAUGCCUUCCUCAACACACAUGCCAGCUCAUACCUACGGUCCAGAGAGAGACAUUCUCAUUCACACUCUCACCUCUCUGCUCAGGAGUCUUUUGGAUGACCCUGAUUUUCACCAGACUCUGCAGAACGAUUCCGCUGAACCAGUUCCCUACUUCACUCAGCUUCGGCCUGCUUUUCCUGCUCCAUCCCCAAAUCACUCCAGCCCAACCACUAAGACCCCACAUUCAGUCGACACUGUCAGUGUUUCUGUCCCGAGAACAUCUACACAGCACACAGAGAGUUCAGACGAUAUGACGAACAGUCAGAAACAAUCCGAGGGUCAGUGUGGGACCCAAAUCUGCAAAGAGCUCGAUUCAGAUUAUAGGACGAAGGUGCAGGAAUCCAUUCGCAGAAGUCCGGAGUUUGGUGAUCUAAUAGAGGAGAUUUUACUCAACACCUUGCAGAACCUGAUGAUGGAGGCUUUUCUAGGCGAGCUGAUUCUGACAGCCCGUCCUCGCAUCAUCGCUCUCCCACCCUGCUCUGCCAGGUCACAAUCUGAUCUACACUCACUGAGAGACUACAUGGGCCAUAACUACAGGGAACAGUCCAACGCUGGUGUCCUGUAUGACAAAACAAAGGAUCAACAGCGCCCGUCGGGGACCCGCCCAGGCCCGUACAUGCCCACCAUAGCUCUGCUCACAAACCUGGAGUCUGAGCAGCACUGAUCUACUCACUACACUAAAUAUUUACUCACAAUUACUGUAUUAUCUGUACAUAAUAUUCCUAAUAAACUGUAACCAGAAAUGACAAA